AGACAUCCCCGGCUCUCCUAUCCCCCACACAGACAGCCCCUACUCCAUCACAAUUACAUUUCCACCUUCCUCACCCAGGGACGUUUCCCAACUCUUGCAGGGCCCUGCUGCUUCCCUGUUCCCUUUGGGAGGGGCAGACACUGGGGGUGCUCUCUUGUGCAAUGUCCCCGCCAGUGACGGCAGUGCCGGGCUGGCAUGAUGGUAUAUAAGCUCAUGCAGCUCAGCGCUGGACAUCCUGGCCCAUCAGCACCAUGAAAUCAGGCCUCCUCCUCCUCCUGGGGCUCCUCGCCCUCUGGGCUGACCUGCUGCCUGCCUCUGGGCAGCUCCGUCAAGCUAACCCAAUCUGCAAUCUCUCUGCGGAUCCCGGCCCAUGUUUCACCUACAGCCUCAACUACUUCUACAACUCGGCCACCAAGAGGUGUGAGGAGUUCGUUUAUGGCGGGUGCCAGGGCAAUGGGAACAGGUUUCCCAAUGUGGAUGAAUGUCUCCAGACUUGUGGAAGCUCAGGUGACAUUUGCCGACUCCCGCCAAAGACAGGCCCUUGUGAGGCACUGAUCCCUCGCUUCUUCUACAACCCGGCCUCCAGGACGUGCGAAAGCUUCAUCUACGGCGGCUGCCAGGGCAAUGGGAACAACUUUAGAACCCUCCCGGAGUGCCAGCGGGCCUGCAGGAAACGCGGUAAGGGGACCAAGCACGUGAACCUGCUCACCUGGGCUGGGCAGCUCAGCGAGCUGGGACAGCCUGAGAAUUAACACAACUGCCGGCGGGACUGGUCCCCAGGAGUCCAGGGUGGGAAACAGGACUAAAUAAAUAUAGCUUGCUUGUUCUGGGGGCUGGAUUCUAGUCCCGCUACUUCGGGAGGUCAGGGCAGGGGAGACCAUCAUGAAAAUCAGUUGAAAAAAUGUUCGGCUUGUGAAUCUGUGCUAUAAGUAUUCAUAAACAAACAGCCCUGGCUGUACCGUGAGGGAGCCCUGCA